UUUGAUACGGACACUUAUAGGAUGUCCAAAGGAAACUUUCAAUUUUUGCAACGCGAUUCUUUCUACUUCCUGUAGAGUCACUAUCAUAUUUCAUAUGCAACAUCACUACAUACUCUAGUAUAACAUUUAUUUUAACGAAGAUAAUCUUGAUUGUACGACAUAGUUAGAAACGCAAAAAAUUAAACAAUUUUUUUAAAAGAAGCAAAUAUCAUUUUGGGAAACAUAUAUUUUUGAUGUUUCGUAAAAUUAUUUCUAAAUAAUACUUCUCAUAUUUUCGAUAUUAUGUACGCGCUCACUAUGACCGAAAUCCGAUCUUCGGUAAAAAACGAUUAUUAACAGAAAAAUAUUUUGGUACACUCGUUCAAAUAACAUUGGUUUUAUUGCAUAUGCAUUAAUUGAUCUUCGGAAUCAGUACGCAAUAAACGAAUGUCACAAGAAUUCCUGUUUUUUGAAAUCUAAGAUAUCGCAAACGAGCAAUUAUAAAAAAAUCGUACCGAUCAAGUUAAAAGUAAUAAACAUAAUAAAAAAUUUUACCUAACCGAUUUAAAUAAAAUCGCACUUGGGAGCCAUGAUGAAAAAAGAGACAAAGCUCAAUUAUCGUCACUAUAUGGAUUUAUCGUGGAAGCAAUCUGGUUUUCAUUAAAAAUAGGAAAGCAGUAGGUCUCAAAAUUUUUGACUGAUAUCUUGCAAAUGUUAAAUUUAAUAUAAUAUCACAUGUGAACAGGAUCCGAUUGCUCUUAGCCCAUUUGCAUAUUCGCAAAUAUAACGCCAUCUAAAUACUUUUCCAUCAAAUAUCACAGGACGAAUCAAUCUAAUGACACAGCAACUUAUUGAAAGAAAGGAAGAAAGAAGUUAAAUUAUGAUAAAAUAUUAUAAGCAAUGUUUUAUACUAUUAAGCAAAUUAUGCAUUAAAAACAAUAUUUUAUACUAAUAGAUGUAUGUCAGACAUUGGUGAAGUAAUAUCAUAAGAAAGCUGAUGAGAUAAAUUUUUGUUUAAAUUUCUCCCUGUCUUUGAGAAAAAGUUUAUUGGAACAGAAUAUCAGAAGGAUUCUCUGUUAGAAUAUCUGAUGGUAUGUUAAAAAUGAAAAUAUGGAUACAUUAAAUAUUUUAAAUAAAAAUUAGUAUCAAAAUUAUUUAACCAAAUAAGUAAAUUUUAAAGAAAAAAGUCAGCACUUUUCGACAAAAUUUUCAAAUAUAGCUUUCCCUUCAAUUCUCCGACUUGUGUCUGCAUUGCGCGAGUGCUUGUAUACUUGUUUGCAUGUAAAAUUAAACAGAAUUUUAAAAUAUAAUUUAUAACUGAAUUUUUCAAAACUUAAUUUAAAUAUUCAUAUAAAAUAGAAUUAUUACUUUGAUAACAUUAAUUAAUUAAUUAAUUAAUAUACACCACCUUACUUAUAUAAGUAAAUAGUAUAUAUUUUUAUGUAAGUAUAUUUAAUAUCAACUAUUUAUUAUGAAUUUAUUAUAUAUAUGUGUCCUACGGAUGAUAGCUGAAUAGUUGACGUACAGUUUAUAGUUUAUAAUAUUCCCAAUGUACACAUGUACAUAUUUUAUGUGCUAAUGGCUAUUCGAAACUCGUUAUUUUGCCAGUUAUAAUAUAUAUUGUCAACAAAUCACAGAAUAUUCAAGAACAUAUUCAAAUCUAUUAGCAGUGUCCUUCGGGAUAUCAUCAAUUGAACAUCUAAACUGAAUUUAUGUAUAGAAUUGUUGUGUACAGAAUUAUUAUAUUCGCUCAAAUAUCCAGUAAUAUUUCUAAGUGAAUAUAACGAUUAAAGUAUUUGAUAACUGUCAAUUACAUUAGUAAAUUAUGUAUAUAAGUCAAGGCUUGUGCAUAUUCGAUAAAUUAUAUACAGAAUAUAAUUAUAAUGAGUUUUUCAAUCCGAAUAUCUGUCAUGUCUGCAAGAAGCCAAGUCAAGGAGAAUUAAUGCCAUGUUAUUGGUGCGGCAUGAUCUUUUAUUGUUCCAUGGAUCAUCAAAUAAUGCAUCAACCCUCGCAUACGGAAAUCUGUGCAGUUGUUAGAAUUGCAAAAACAGAAGACUUGAAAUCGAACGCUCGUUCUUUUAACUCAGAUGAUGAAUGGAGGUCAUCUCGAAAGACAUUUGUGCAAACAAUUCGUUUGAAAAUAAAUCGUGAUCUAAUGCCGCACGAGAUAGAGAUGAUAAUGUGCGCAAAGUCAUGUCUUAUUUGUCACCAACAGAUUAGACUGCGAACUUGCAGUACCUGCUAUUCCGCCAAUUAUUGUGACGAGCACCAAUUGUAUUUUAAAGAAAAACACGAGUCAAUGUGCUUGAAUUUAUUGAAACACAGAUUUAUAGAGAUGAAUAUAAUCUUAACCGAGGUGGACGCUACAGAAGUUAUUUCUUUAUCGUACAUAUCAUAGAUGCGAGUUCAGCAGAUGUAGCGGGCUUACCAUCAUGGGAGAUUUUCUUACAUAUUUGGCAUGAAUUUAAUUCGGUUAAGAAAAUUAAGGAAUUAAGACUUAUACUGAUUCAACCAGAAAUGGAUUGUGACAGGA